GGGAGGGGAAUGAGCAAGAGAGGGAGGCUGGAGGCCAGGGCCCGCCCCACGCAGCCACUCCAGCGCCUCUGAGCAGCCACAGGGGUAAAGUCCUGUCACCCCCAGGAUCCGGUCACUGGGGAGAACGGAUAAGGAGACCAGAGAAGGGCCAGCUGGGGCGAGGGGGCGGAGGCCCAGGAAGCAGCAUCUGAGAGGGGCAGGGACCAGGCGCAGGAGGCCCGAGGGGCACAGAGAACAAACUCCUCUCAGAGGUGGAGAAGAGAAGAGCGGAAGGAACCGAGGGAGGGACAGACAGGAGCCUGAGGAGGAAAGAGGAGGGGAGGAGAGGGGUCAGGCCAGGAGGCCAAGGAGGAGGUGUGUGGCCCUGGGCUGCCAUCAGGAAGCUGGGGACAGGACCCGACUCUCAGCUCAGCGGGCAUCCUCGCUCCAGGCAGAGGCGCCAGUGGUCGGGUGGGAUGUGCCUCUGAGGGCCACAGCCGAGCGCCCCCACCAUGGCCCCCAGGACCCUCUGGAGCUGCUACCUCUGCUGUCUGCUGACCACAGCUGUGGGGGCAGCUAGCUACCCUCCUCGCGGUUACAGUCUCUACACGGGGAACAGCGGGGCCCUCAGCCCUGGGGGGCCCCAGCCCCAGAGUGCUCCCCGGCCUGCCAGCCGCCACAGGAACUGGUGUGCGUACGUGGUGACUCGGACAGUGAGCUGUGUCCUUGAGGAUGGAGUGGAGACCUUCGUCAAGCCCGACUACCAGCCCUGUGGCUGGGGCCAGCCCCAGUGUUCCCGCAGCAUCAUGUACCGCAGCUUCCUCCGCCCUCACUACCGCGUGGCCUACAAAACGGUGACAGAUAUGGAGUGGAGGUGCUGUCAAGGGUAUGGGGGUGAGGACUGUGCCGAGAGUCCCGGCCCAGCACUGGGUCCUGCACCUCCCACGCCACGCCCCCGGCUCCGGCCCGGUCGCCCCAACCUUUCUGGCUCUAGUGCGGGCAGCCACCUGAGUGGACUAGGGGGGGAAGGUCCUGGGGAGUCAGAGAAGGUACAGCAGCUGGAGGAGCAGGUACAGAGCCUGACAAAGGAGCUUCAGGGCCUUCGGGGUGUACUGCAGGGACUGAGUGGGCGCCUGGCAGAAGAUGUCCAGAAGGCUGUGGAGACAGCCUUUAAUGGGAGGCAGCAGCCAGCAGAUGCCGCUGCCCGCCCCGGUGUGCACGAAACCCUCCAUGAGAUCCAGCAGCAGCUGCAGCUCCUGGACAACCGCGUUUCCACCCACGACCAGGAGCUAGGUCAUCUCAACAACCAUCACAGUGGUGGUGGCGGCAGUGGCGGCAGGGCCCUGGACCCAACCCCAGCCCCUCCUGGCCACAGCGAGCAGCUGCUGCGGGAGCUGGAGCAGCGACUGCAGCAGUCCUGCUCUGUGUGUUUGGCGGGGCUGGAUGGCUUCCGCCGGCAGCAGCAAGAUGACAGAGAGCGGCUCCGAGCACUGGAGAAGCUACUGGCCUCCAUGGAGGAGGGGCAGCGGCAGCUCGCUGGGCAGGUCCUGGGCCGCAGGCCCCCUCAGGAAUGCUGCCCUCCAGAGCUGGGCCGGCGACUGGCAGAUCUGGAGCGGAGGCUGGAGGUCGUGGCUGGCUCAGUGACAGUGUUGAGUGGGCGGCGAGGCACCGAGCUGGAAGGAGCAGCCGGGCAGGGAGGCCAUCCCCCAGGCUAUACCAGCUUAGCAUCCCGCCUCUCUCGCCUGGAGAACCGAUUCAAUUCCACCCUGGGUCCCUCAGAGGAGCAGGAAGAAGGCUGGCCUGUGCGUCCUGGGGGACUGGGACACUGGCUGCCUGCUGCCCGGGGCCGACUAGAGAAGCUGGAGGGGCUGCUGGCCAAUGUGAGUGGGGAGCUGGGUGGACGGCUAGACCUGCUGGAAGAGCAGGUGGCAGGGGCUGUACAGGCAUGUGGGCAGCUCUGCUCUGGGGCCCCAGGGGAGCAGGACUCCCAGGUCAGUGAGAUCCUCAGUGCCUUGGAGCGCAGGAUGCUGGACAGCGAGGGACAACUGCGGCUGGUGGGCUCAGGACUGCACAAGGUGGAAGAAGCUGGAGAGGGCCGGCAGACCAUACUGGAGGGACUGCAAGGGGUCAUAGGCCAGCUCCAGAGUCGUGUCGAUGCGCAAGAUGAGACAGCUGCAGAGUUCACACUUCAGCUGAAUCUCACAGCUGCACGGCUGGGUCAACUGGAGGGCCUGCUGCAGGCCCGUGGGGAUGAGGGCUGUGGGGCCUGCGGUGGUGUCCAAGAGGAACUGGGCCGCCUUCGGGACGGUGUGGAGCGCUGCUCCUGCCCUCUGCUUCCCCCACGGGGCCCUGGGGCCGGCCCAGGUGUUGGGGGGCCAAGCCGUGGGCCUCUGGAUGGCUUCAGUGUGUUCGGGGGCAGCUCAGGCUCAGCCCUACAGGCCCUGCAAGGAGAGCUCUCUGAGGUUAUUCUUACCUUCAGCUCCCUCAAUGACUCAUUGCAUGAGCUCCAAACCACUGUGGAGGGCCAGGGCGCUGAUCUGGCUGACCUGGGAGCCACCAAGGACCGCAUUAUCUCUGAGAUUAACAGGCUACAGCAGGAGGCCACAGAGCAUGUUACAGAGAGUGAAGAGCGCUUCCGAGGCCUGGAAGAGGGUCAGGCACAGGCUGGCCAGUGCCCCAGCCUAGAGGGACGACUGGGCCGUCUUGAGGGAGUCUGUGAGCGAUUGGACACGGUGGCUGGGGGGCUGCAGGGCCUACGUGAGGGCCUUUCGAGACACGUGGCUGGGCUCUGGGCUGGGCUACGGGAAACCAACAGCACCAGCCAGACACAGGCAGCCCUGCUGGAGAAGCUGCUGGGGGGGCAGGCCGGCCUGGGCAGGCGGCUUGGUGCUCUGAACAGUUCCCUACUGCUCCUGGAGGACCGACUUCACCAACUCGGCCUGAGGGACCUCACUGGGCCUGCAGGUGAGGCUGGGCCCCCAGGGCCUCCUGGAGUGCAGGGACCCCCAGGCCCUGCUGGACCUCCAGGACUUCCGGGCAAGGAUGGACAAAAGGGGCCCAUCGGGCCACCAGGUCCCCAAGGUGAACAGGGAGUGGAAGGGGCUCCAGCAGCCUCUGUGCCCCGGGUGGCCUUUUCAGCUGCCCUGAGUUUGCCCCGGUCUGAACCAGGCACGGUGCCCUUCGACAGAGUCCUGCUCAACGAUGGGAACUACUAUGAUCCAGUGACUGGCGUGUUCACCGCGCCGCUGGCCGGUCGCUACUUGCUGAGUGCGGUGCUGACUGGUCAUCGGCAUGAGAAAGUGGAGGCUGUGCUGUCCCGCUCCAACCUGGGCGUGGCCCGCAUAGACUCAGGUGGCUACGAGCCUGAGGGCCUGGAAAAUAAGCCGGUGGCUGAGAGCCAGCCCAGCCCGGGCGCCUUGGGCGUCUUCAGCCUCAUCCUGCCUCUGCAGGCCGGGGACACGGUCUGCAUCGAUCUGGUCAUGGGGCAGCUGGCGCACUCUGAGGAGCCGCUCACCAUCUUCAGCGGAGCCCUGCUUUACGGGGACCUGGAGCUAGAACAGGCGUAGACACGAGGCCGGGGCCGACCAGCCCGAAGUGUCUACGCCUGCCAAAGAGCCAGCGGGGGCGGCGGGCUCCCCUUCCCGGACGGGGCGCCAUCCGGGCACCCCAGCCUCGGGCGAGUCGCAGUCUCUGGACCCGUCGCAGCACAGGCUCCCAGAGCUGCCUCCUCCCCACGAACGGAGCGCAUCGGGUUGGGGUCUCCAGAGUCUCCUCGUCUGGACUUUUGGCCUGAUCACAUUCCCUUGCAGGACCCGGGCUGUGGAGGAGCCGAUCCUGGCACCCUUUGCUCCCCGCAAUUGGCAUCUAGGCCGAUUCCCUGGGUUCCAGGGCUUUCCCGAGGGUGCUCCGGCCCCCACCGCCAUACUAAACUAUUCAGGAAUAAAGACACUUGGUUUUUAUAAAAAAACAAACAAAACAAAA